UCAAGAGGCCAAAUGGGACAAUCUGAGCUUCAAUAAGAAUAAAAACUGCAUUGGGUUGAAAUCCAGCUAAUACGUUUAUAUCUAGGAGUUCAUUAAGUGACACUAGAAUAAAACUAUAUGAAACCAACUGGGCACUUUCUGAGUAUGUCAGAGAUGUCCUCAUUAUCUUGAAAUGUGAAUAAGGAAUCAGGCACAUAUCCAAUCUUUCCAGUAUACUUGUACCACUGCAUAAAUAAAUAAUAGGUGAGGGGAAAUGUCUCCUCAUACAAUUAUUCCAGCUAGUGUAUGAAAACAACAUGAUAGAAUAUCAUCAUUGUACCACUGCCAAUGAAUGAAUGGAGCUCUAGGCACUGAGAUUAAUGGGAACUAACAUCAAAUAAGAGUGAAGACCAGAUCUGAUGUGCCUUUGGUGAGAGAAAAUACCACCACGCACAGUCUUGCCAAGAGGAUCGGAUCUCACUCUGAUCCAGUCUCUGGAAACAGCUGCAAAUGUGAAGGAUGUACAGAGGGCAGAGCAGUGUGUUGAACUGAACCCUGAGGAAGCAGUCAGCAACAUCAGACUGUAGGAGAUAUUACAGGUCCCAUGAUUUGGAUGCUUCACAGAUAUAUGAUAAGAAAAAUCAACGGAAGGAAAGGGAACCAAAACUUAAAACACAUACCAAAAAUGCUUACAUGGACAAGACUAAGCCACAAUAUCUAUGGAUGCACACCUAGGUGAGGAAACCAAAAUGAAAUGCAAGGAGUGAUUACUAUAAAAGUGCGGGUAGGGGUCAGUUUUGGAGGAAGAGAGGAGGAUGGACAUGGGAGGGGCUUCUGAGAUGGCUAGAAAAGUUCCAGUUCUUGACUGGAGUGAUACUUACAAGGGGUUCACAGUAAAGUACUUCAUUAAACCAUACAUUUGUUUUGGGUAAUCAUCUGUAUCUAUGUUUUAUUUUUACCAUAAGAACAUUUUUUGGGAAACAGAGAAAAUAAGGUAAAAAAGGAUUUAAGAUGCCAGUGUUUUUGUUUUUAAAAAGAGAAUGCUGGUGUAUUAAAAAUGUUUAUCAAGGCAUGAUUCCUCAAUUCCUUUUCAUAAGAUUAAAAAUACCUCUUGGUAUUGCUGUCAUGAAGAUGAAUAUAUUCUCAGUUGAAAGUAACUUGGGUCACUCAAACAUUCGAACAAGAGCUGUGUGGUUUAUCUUAAUAAUGAACAAUCUCAGACCUUGGUCACCCGAACUGGGCAUCUAGCCAUAGCCUGUCUGCCUUCACUGUAACAAGAGAAGAUGGUUGAAAUGAUUUCUAAGGUGUUUUACAGUUCUGUGAGUCUGAUGAUCAUUUUCAUAUUAUUAACACUUAAUAUGCAUUUUUCUGCAUUUCAGCCUACUGUAAUUUACUUAAAUGUAUGCUAUGAAACGCUUUUCCGAAGCUACCUUACCCGCCAUGAUACCUUCUCUGUGGGUCUUCCCUUUGUCAUUGCUUUUCUCUGGAACUUUAGGCAUUGAUAAGGGUUUGGCUAAAUAAAGUGUGGUGCAAGGGUGCCUGGCUGCCUCAGUCAAUAGAGCACAUGACUCUUUACCUCAGGGUUGUGAAUUCAAGCCCCACGUGGUGUCUAUAGAUUACUUAAAAGAAAAAAAAAGGUGUGGUGCAACCAAACUAUGGAUUCCUCUGCAGUCAUCUGAAAGGACUAGGUGGACCUGUAUUCCUGAUAUUGUAGAUACAUUUCCAAGAUGAGAAAAAUACACACAUUCCAAACGUACACAAUGUUGGAAUUUUAAAAAAUUAUGUGGAAAUUUUCAUUUAACAUACCAUUAGUUUUCUCAGGGAGCUGGAUUUGGUGAGUGGAAAAAUAUUACGGAGGAACAGAAGACAUUACCUUUUUUUUCUUAUAUUUUUGUGUAGUUUCCCAAAAUUAUUUUAAAAUUGAAGAAUCAUAAAGUGCUUGUAGUAAAAUGUCCAGCUUGAGGAAUUUUCACAAAAUGUUCACAAACUCUCAUACAACCAACCCCUUGAUCAUGAAUCGGAACAGCUCCAGACCCCCCAAAACUCCCUCAUGCCUUCUCCCAGUCAGUACCUCCUACCGAGGGUAACCACUAUCCUUAUUUAUAACUGUACUGUUAAUUUUUUAUGAGCAAGAUUACUUCUACAAUAUAAAACAUCAAAAGACAACAGCCUCCAAGGAUUUCUUUCAUGUAUUUAUCCAACAACAAAACAACAUAACUUCUUCUAGAAACACAAAAAUAAAUGUGGGUCCUUAACUCCAAGCAGCUCACAGGCUAAUGACUAAUCAAAUAUCAGAGCCCAUGAGAAGCAUGAAUCUAGUCCCACCAGCGCAAGGGACCAUUCGAAGAAGUGGAGCAAAGUUUCACAGAAAAGUAGGGCUUUAAAGGAUGAGUAGGAGCUGACUGACGGCGGCUGCAGAACGUACAAGGCUAGAAAGAACCUUUGUAAGUGAGCACAAACGAAAACUAGCUCUUUAAGAUACCAGUUUAUGGGGCGGUCUGGUAACGGGUUAAUCCUAUUUGGUUUGGCUUUCGAAGCUGUCAGUCAGAAUGACGUCAUUGUUGAUCAGGUUACUCGGGAGGCGUACAUUUAUUUGCCAGCCAGGUAAUGAGGAAAAGGAAGUCUCCGGAAACUAACCCUGGUUGCCCAGGAGGGGAAAACCAUGCACCCUGCAGAGGCUGCAAAGCCCUUAAUUAAAUUCAACCACUGUAAGAAAUACAUCUACAGCUUCAGUGUGCCCCAGUGCUGCCCCCUCUGCCAGCAAGUCAUGAGCUCAAGGAAGCUGGAGGAAGCACCUGUUAGCAUCUCCAACCCCUUUACCAAUGGGCAUCAAGAAAAAUGUUCGUUCCUCCUCAGACCAACUCAAGGGACGUUUCUUAGGGAGUAUGAUGGAAGGUCUGAUCUUCACGUGGGAAUAACCAACACAAAUGGAGUUGUGUAUAAUUACACCAUGCACGGGGUCCAGCGAGAUGAAGCAGGGUGGGAGCAGAGUGUAAGCAUCCCUUUACUGCAGCCCGGCAUGUAUGGACUGAUGGAUCAGUGGGACAAGUACCUGGAAGACUUCUCCACCUCGGGAGCCUGGCUGCCUCAGAGGUAUGAAGAAGACCAUCACAACUGCUACAGUUACACCCUCACGUUCAUUAACUGCGUUCUGACCACAGAAGGCAAGGGGCAACUGGACAAGGGUGAGUUCACGGAAAAGUACGUGGUUCCAAGGACAAGGAAGGCUUCCAAGUACAUCACACUCUACCGAGGGAUAGAGGAGCAUGGCUUCUACGUGACCGACUGCCCUGAGGAAGAGACAAACCCUCCUGAGGGGAGCGGUGUGUGCUGAGUGUGCCAUAUGACAGCAGAGGGGUAGCUCGGAACUUCCUACCAUUAGUAGAUACUAGAGAUUUUUAGGUGGGUUAAACUGUGCUUAAUACCAAAGUGUUAUGACUUUACGUUUAGCAUAUUUCCACUUACUGCAGUAUAAGAAUUUAUAAAAUUAAUAAAGAUUGUCCUGUUUUUAAAAAAUGUUUUAUUUAUUUAUUGCAAGAGAGAG